AUGCCUCCUAAAGCUGCUAAAUCAAGUUAUUUAACAGCAGACACAUUAAGAGAACUUUGGGCUGAUGAAUUUCUGCCAAGUAUUCAAAAGGAAUUUAAAGCUGAGAUUGACAAAAUAAAAGAUGAAAUUUCCGCCCUAACAGCGAAGUGUAUUGAAAUCGAAGCCUCGCAAACCUUCCUGUCGAAAGAGUACGACAACUUUACUGACUCUCUUCAAAUAACAAAGCGGGAUGUCAUGGAAAUAUCAAGUUGUCUGAAAGUUUUGGAAGAUAAAAUUAAGUCUAUAGAUGAUUUGGUUGAUGAGCAAGAUGACAUACAGCAGUAUAUUCGUCGCGACUGUGUGGAGAUUACCGGCGUCCCAAUGCUGCCUGACGAUAAGCCGAAGGAAAUUGUAAAGGAAAUUGGCCAGCUCAUGGGAAUUGAGAUCGCAGAUCAUCAAAUUUCUACCGCACACCGCCUUCCCCCAACUCGUAAGGUAAAGGACAAGCUCAUUGUUAAGUUUGUGCAUCGGGAUACUAAAGACUUGUUCUAUAAAAAACGAAGUAAAUUGGUUGGCAAGAAGUCAAAUGAUUUGCCACUGGUUAAGCGUGAGUACGAAAAUAACAAUCGUGAAUUUAAUAAUAUUUAUGUAAACGAAUCACUAACUGCACGUAGGCGAAAACUGUUUGGACGUGUAAAUGAGUUCAAGCGAUCAGAGAGAUGGAAGCAUAUCUGGACUAUAAAUGGAAAAAUUAUGUUACGGGAAGAGGAUGCUUCUCGUGUUUUUAGUUUUGUACAUGCCAGGGACUUCGAUGCUUUCUUGAACGAAUCCUUUUAA